CAAUAGUCGGCAAAUGUCUCUCGAAUUAUAUCCUCGUUCGACCUAAAGCUACAUUCAGGAUUUAACCUGACAUAGACGAUGAGUUCCGUACAGCCUACGGAAAGAGAAGACCGACAAAGCCACGAAAACAUUACAGGACUCUUGUCCAAAAUUCCUCGACUCUGGAAGCACAAAUCUCAAGAUAAACAAUCCUCUAGAACCCAUCGCUCCAGAGGCUCUCACUUUAAACCAACUAAGGAAGACAAAACUCGUAACAAAGAACUUGAUAAGGCCGCAAAUACCGGAGCAAAGGACGCUGGAGACAAAGCAAAGGACUCUGGAGACAAAUCAAACAAGAUCCCACACAAAGAAGCAGCUGAAAAUAAGAUGUAGCAGAAAUGGGCUCAUCUGCAGGCAGAACACCUAAGCCAACCGAGGCAGCCCAAGAAAGACGCAAUUUGUGUCACGAGAGGUUCAUCGAAAUCGUUCAAGACAUCCAGAAAUGUCUCAAAGAAGUGCAAUGCCCUGAGCCACCAGCGGUAUCACCAGAGGCACCACUUCAAGAUCACCCAACUAUACUAGACUUGCCAGAGCAAGUCGCUGAAGAAAGCAAAAAAUCGCUUCUAUACACCGAUGAUGGCUACGGAGAGAGAGGGGACACACAUGGGCCUCAAAAAGUAGUCUUCAUGAACUUGACGGAACUACAGAGGCUCAAUCUCCACGCGUUAAGAAAACAGUUGGCCGACAUAGUUCUCGGGAUUAUUACAGACAACUCUUUAGACGAUAAGCAAGCAAAAACGAUCCGACCACUAAUGUCUGACUAUUGUAAUGCACUCCGAGACUACGACUACAUGAAAGAAAACUAUAUUGCCGAUAGCAGUAUGGACCCUUUCUAUUUAAUUACCGGGAAACGCUGUGACCAUGCCAUUCUGGGUACUAAGAUCCAAGAUUCGAAGAUUCUUGAAUUUCUCAAAGAUGAAAAACCUGGUGAGAUAUGGAGGACGUACCUGGAUGGCUUUGACAAAUCGCUAAUGGGCGGUGGUCGUCCAUGGGUAAGAGAGAAAGAAAAUCGGACGGCAUUCGUUAGGCGUUUCUGGUUCGGACUGGCAGGAGGGUUAGCGCUGAUUGCUCCAAUGCUUAUCAUCAUUCUUCACGAUGAUCGAACGACAGCAGUGACAACUGCUUCUGUUGCGACGUUACUUUUUGCGGCAGUAACGGCCAGUUAUCACGAACAUGAUGCGAGUCCCUUAGCUGUCGUUGGAGCAACGGCUGCGUAUGCUGCGGUUUUAGUUGUUCUGGUGAGCACAGCGUUAUAGGUAAUGAUUUUCCACUACCACAAGUAUUUUCUGC